CAGCGCCUUUGCGCGUUCCUGCUGGAGAUGUUCAGCACCUUCCAGAUUUGUGCCUGCACCAACGAGCUCUGCCUGCUGGCCAACGUGGAGCCGAAGCCUCACACCGCCCUCACCCUCACCUAUGGGUUCACCGUCCUGCACGGCUGGACCCUGCCUGGCAGCACAUGCAACCCCUGUGGCACCUUGCAGCCCGUGUGGGCCGGUGGGACGUCGGUCGAGAUGGGUGGACUCAAGAUCGCCGCUCAGUUCGUGGCCGCAGCUCUUGCCAGGGUGGUUAUGCACUUUAUCUGGAGCCUGGAGAUGGCAGAAACACAUUUUGGAGCUCUCUCACAAGGCUGCAGUAACCCCAUGCAGACUACCGAAAUGCAGGCGUUCUGCAUAGAACUGCUCUUUUCUGUCGUUUUCCAGCUGACCAUCCUGCGAGUGGAAAGUAUUAAUCCCAAAUACAAAGUCCAUUUGAUUGCUCUUCUCAUCACCGUGCUCGUAUAUGCAGGUGGAAAUCUCACAGGAGCAAUAUUUAACCCAGCACUGGCUUUUUCAUUGCAUGCAAAUUGUUUCUACGACAAAUUUUUGAGUUAUUCACUGGUGUAUUGGAUAGCACCAUCCUUAGGUACAAUACUUGUGGCUUUUAUAUGGGAUGAAAUCCUUCCUCGGCUAUCCUGAGACACCAAAUUCUGAAACCUAGCAGCACUACCUUAAAAAGCACUUUCAGCAUCUGCACCCACCUUCAGAAAAC